AUUAAUGAGUGGAUUGUCAACCGAGCAAAAGUUUAGACAUUUCAUGAAGACAGGGACGGAUGAUCCAUACAUGACUUUUUAUCCUAAGGACAAACAAACCAAUCCUAGAAGGCCAAAGCAGAACCAUCGAAAUCAUAGAAAAAAUUUGAUGCAGGAAGAUAAUCCAGGUUGAGACCCGGUACCUGUGCAUCCAAGGACUAUCAGGAUUAGGAACAAGACAACUGAGUAUACUAACAGGCAAAUUGCAAGGGAUCCAAAGGAAAUACACCACCAAUCACAGAUGUUGAACAGUCGUCAAGAUCAUCAAGCUAUUAAAUAUUAUAAUACUGAGAGGAAAGAAUUAAGCAAUCUGAGUAAAAUUUUAAAGAAACCAAGAGCUAGCUAUAACGAUUUCAAGAUAUUCGAAGAUCAGGAACUCAAGGCUCCUCCUGUUAAAAUUCGUUCACAACUGAAAAGACUUAUGAAAUUUAAGCUUAAGGAGCAGAAAAAGUCUAGAGAGACUAAUAAUCUUGGCAUAAAUGAACCUAUAAUAAAUAGGAGCAAUACAACUGCUUUAGUAGUUCUUUCUAAUAGAAGCAUGAUUAAGUAUCCAAGGAUAAGCAAAAGAGGCUCAAAAGAGUCGUUUCAGAUCUACCGUAACAUCUCUGACAAUAAAUUGAGCUUUAAGAAGAUGCACAAGAGAAGCGCUUCUCAUUCAGGAAAUCUUACACUUUUAGACCCAAGGGCUAAAAGUUUUUCUCUAAGUAAGAGGAACCAUAACCCAAAAGGUAUUGUUAAUAUCUCUUCUUUUUAUCACAGAGGGCCUGAGAAGCAAUUCAAAAUGCGCUUAUUAGCUCAGAAGUUGAACACUUGGAUAAGAGUGAAGAAUAAUUCUUAACUCUUAUCAAUUAUCUUGAUAAAAUAAGAUUAAGAAUUUCA